AUGGAGGGAAAAAGAAAGAUAGUAAUAAAGGAGACAACAAAGGGAAGAGACUUAGGGCAAUACAGGGGGAUUAGACGGCGGCCAGGGGGAAAGUUCGCGGCGGAGAUUCGAGAUCCUACGAGAAAUGGGGCUCGCCAGUGGCUUGGAACAUUCGAGACAGCGGAGGCAGCGGCUAGGGCUUACGACCGAGCUGCUUUUGGUUUUAGGGGCCACUUAGCCAUUCUCAACUUCCCUAAUGAGUAUCAUGACUAUUCCAAUAACCAAAACCAACAACAUCAUCCCCUUUAUGAUGAUGCUUAUUCCAUUAAAUCUCUGGGCAGCGAAGCUUCUUCCCUUUCUAGUACUACUACACAUUGCGCCGCCGCUGAAGCCACCGGGAUUGAGCGGCGGAGCAAUUAUAAUGUGGGUGAAGUCAUAGAGAUUGAGUGCUUUGACAACACUUUGUUGGAGGACCUUCUUAUAAACUCCCAAGAUUAUUAUUAUAACUACGUUGACAGACUUGAUGAUGAUGAUCAUGCAUAUCGUCACAAAAAACCUAGAAUAGGAUGAAUUUUAAUGAUGAUGGUCAUCACUAAUAAUUAUUCAUGGGUAAUUUUUCGAUGCAA